AUGUGCAUCUUCUGUGUUGCAUUUAAAUCCCAAUUUGUUUUGUAUCCACCAAAAUCUCUCCUUCCCUCGAUCUCUCAAGUUUUUAAAAACUUUUCCUUCUCCAAGAACCUCUCAUCACUUUCUCUCUCGUUCUCUCUUGGAAACCUAACAAUGACGACGACGGCUCGUAUGAACCGUCCGAUCUUGAUCCUUCUCCUCUUCGUCUCUUUACUUCUCAAAACCUCCACCGCUUCUGCUGCAGCAGUCUCCGGAGAAGGAAACAUGACAUCAAGAAACUACGGUUACCGAACGCAGCGAUUCGUCCCGAGGCUUCACCUGCACCCGUACUACGUGACUCCUCACCGUACGUGCGACUCCUUCACUCGACCGUACGCGCGUUCUAUGUGCAUUGAGCUGCAGAGAAUCCACCGUAGCAGUCGGAAGCAGCCAAUUGUUUCUCCUCCUCCGCCGGAGAUAGACCCAAGGUACGGCGUCGACAAAAGACUUGUCCCCUCUGGUCCAAACCCGCUUCACAACUAAAACCCUAUCCUCCUCAUCAAGUUUCUAUACAUAAUAGUGUAAUACAUAUAUACAGAGAUGACCAACCUUUGUUACAUUUUUUUUUUCCUCUUCUUCUUUUAAUUAACACAUUUCUUGACGUUUCUUGAACAUGUACUUCAAGAGAGAGAUAUAUGUGUUUUUCAUAGAGUUUUUUCCCUUGAUCUUGUUUUGAGGAUCUUUCUUGAUUAUAUUCUACUCUCUUGAUCUUUUGUAAUAUGGAGUCCUACGUUAUGGGGAGAUAUUGUAACUAUUUCCACGCUUGUUUUUGGGCGUUGUAGAGUGUGGAAACAAUCUUGGAAAUAGUGUAAUUUUUACAAAAGGUCUUUCUGAUGAGAAAAA